AUGGGUAACGGAGAGAGCCGGAUCGCCCCGGAGAUUGUAGCAGAAUACGCAUCUCUGAAAGCCGCUCAGGAACAACUGAUGGAGGCAAGUAAGCAGCUGAACCAACAGAUCGACGAGGCCUACGAGGCCAUCGUGCCACAGUUGCCGGACCCUGUCUCCAGGGACGAGUGCGUUUCCGCCAUGAAUCGGCUCAUUGAGGAGGACAGGCGAUUUUAUGGAAAAUGGGCUUCCAACAAGCAGCAUCUGGCGGUGCAAUUGCAGGGUCAUGCCGAACGACUAGCGGCUUUCGAGAGACACUUUCAUGAGCACAAAUUGGAGUCACAGUACAGAGCACCGGUGGAAUUUUGGAUGCGGCAGACUCGUCGUGAAACAUAUACCUGGAGAGAGCGACACAAGCCGGUGGACCGCGCCCUCAAGCUGCAACUGGCGGUUCAGAGCUUGGUCGAUAAUCAGGAUGAGGACAUGAGACAGUGGUAUCUGGCAGAAUGCAUGCCUUUUGGGAGUCAUCUCGACAAGAAACCGAGCUCGAAGCCUGGGGUAGUCGUUGAAACCAAGGAAUCAUGCCUUCCAUUGGAAAUAGCCUCUCUAAUCUACGCCAAUUGCGACCUUGAGUCGUGCUUGGAGCUCAGACAGGCCAACUCGUUUUGGUACAAGGCUUUCAAGCAAUCGGAUGACGUUCUUGAGAAUGUUUUGGCAGCUCGAUACCCGUGGUUCAGACUGGAGGGCGACCUUGAAACCUGGGGGGAUUGCAUGUUGGUUUUUGUGAAGCGUCUGGCAACGUGGAAUACUGCAGAGAACUUCUCCGAUAUUCAACUUGUACGCACGGAGCCAACACCCCAACGUUUCAUUACAGCGACUACUCUGGGGUUUGGUGAAAAGCCUCCGAGUGGCUUUUCUACGAUACAAACCCAUAAUUCCGCCUGUCUCUCUUACAAUUGUGGAAAGUUACAUCUGAGCCAUAGAUCUAGCUAUGCUGUUAUGGACGCUUGCACUCUUGAGACGCGAUUUGGAGACUGGGGUCGUUUUUCGGUGGUGUCCACCGUGUCCACCGAUGAGGAAACAAUCUUGAGAGUCGACGGUCUGGAAAUCACGCUCCCAAAAACUAUUCGCGAAGAAGAUCUGCAGGAUUGGGAGGGGCUGGAAUCCCCGGUACUCGUUCGAAAUCACCAUAUUCUGGUGAGAGCGCGAGACAUCGUCUUCUUGUUCUCACUUGAAAAACCGUUGCACUACGAGAAUUCAUUCAUCUACGCUGGAGGCGACCCAGGCAAGGAGGUGGGACAUAUCCACUUUGCCAAAACUCAAGAUAAGACCGUGGGUGGCCUCCACGACCCCUUUUGCGACGAAUUGGUUACGGUUCCCCUGCCACUCCAACACCUGGAACCCACAGCAUCUUACAAGGGGCUCAUUUGGUGCCGUGAAGCAAUCAGUUAUACCAGUGAUGUGGUUUUGGUUCCCACAUUUGUGGAUCUGAAAGCACCGACCAAAAUAUACUAUCGACGCGAUAGAUGUCUACCAAUCAGCGAUCCUUGGAACUGGUUGAGACAAGCAGGCACAUCAGGAAAUACGCACAUUGUGACCGCCAUGAGUCCCCAAGGUCUCACGCUGGUAGACUUGGAUGCAGAAAGUGUCACGUACGUCUUAAAGCCUGAUUAUGAAGCUGUGAAUGCCCGUGGACGCGCUGGUCGCGAAAUGCUCCUUCCUGGCUUUGAUGGAAACAAGUUUCAAGUCUGGUACAUUGAACAUGAAUCCGUCAAGCGGUACAACAUGGAUGUCUGGGGGAUGCAAGAUGAGGAUCAGCUAGAAGGAAUAUGGGACCUUGAUACACUGUGA